CCUGUAAAUACUUUUUGGAGAAUGAAGUUAGCGGAUGCUUCUGUCUUGAGAAAGUUCCUGGCGCACUCAGACUUUGCACAACCAAGCUGUUCCACAGUGAGAGUUGAUGCUGAUAAAGGAAGUGGCUGCAGUUACUAGGAGCAACGAUGGAUAGAAACAGUGGACCUUUCACUCUCACCAAGAGCGCCUUGGCGAAAGCACUAUACGACAACAAAGCGGAGUGUCCCGAUGAGCUGGCCUUCCGCAGAGGGGACAUCCUAACGGUUCUCGAGCAGGAUCCCCUUGGGAGCGAAGGAUGGUGGAAAUGUUCCCUCCAUGGGAAGCAAGGCCUCGCUCCUGCCAAUCGCCUUCAGCUACUGACCCCUUCCCAAGUCCCCUCGAACCUGCCUAACUCUCCAGGCCUGCAAACCAGCCCAGGAACCAUCUAUCAGGUUCCCUCUGCCCACAGAUCUGUAGGCCCAGCAGCUCCCGUCUAUGAGAGAAUGGACAGUUGGAUUAAGCCUCGCUCUUCUUCCCUGCCAAACCAAGACUUGUACCAAGUGCCGGCCUUGGCUGCAAAACUGCUCAGUGAAAAGACUCUGAGCUCAUCAAAUCAGCACCUCUUUACGCUUCCGAGAGCGAGCUGGGCAUCAACACUGGGUAACAAAAGCGAUAUAUAUGAUGUCCCAUCACCACAGCGCCAUGAAGCCUUAUUCUCACAGGGUCUUGUCACACCGCCCUCCUCCAGGAAGGGCACCCUACUUUUCCCCUGUGUGGAAAAUUGCCUGAAAGAGUCACCACAGCUUUACGAUAUCCCACCAAGCGCGCAAAAAACAAGAAUUUGCACACCGAAGUCAUCUGUGGGUAAUGUGUACGACAUACUCCCAACAGCUUCAAGAGCACCUGGAAAAGCCACAGAAACAGGGAAGCUUUUGAGUCAUUACAAUACACUGCCGAACCUUCGCAAAUCAGAGUGGAUCUACGAUAUACCUGAAAAAGCAGGUUUAAAACAAACUCUUCAGAGCCAGUCCCCAAAUAAGCUUUUGUUUUAUGACAUCCCACCAGCGAGGCUUGACCCUGAUGUACAGAAAAUCCCAGCAAUGAACAAGGAAUGUACAUCAACGAGUCCACAGUUGUAUGAUGUUCCACCUGUCCAAAGGAAAUUAAUUCUUCCAGAGAGUCCACUUUACGAUGUACCCUCCACACAUGAUGUUCUAGUCCUGCAUCAAAAUGGAAACUAUGAUGUUCCUCCAGCUGUUUUGCCCUCCAGUACUGAAAAGGAGAACCACCAGCAAGUCCUUUACGAUGUUCCGAAAGGAGUUAUUUCACAAAAGAAAGGGAUUGAAAAAUGUAACGAUAGUUCCAGAGACAAUGUUUACAGCUUCCCAUCACAGUUACCAAGAGAUGCCAAACUGAACCAAGACAGGUUGUCUGUCUCAAGCGUAGAGAGCCGGACCAGCACCAUCUCGACUUCCUCCAGUGCUUCUUCCGAGUCCUUCUCCUCUAGUCCAUCGUCGUCUUCAGACGAACCCAGCAAAGAAACGUCCAUGGAGCUUGACGCAGCCAUAGAAACUUUGACAAAGCUGCAGCACGGCGUAUCCAGUUCCAUUGCAAGUCUAAUGAUUUUUGUGAGCAGCAGGUGGAGGUACCAGGAGCACCUAGAGGGGAACAUUGAGGAAAUCCGUCGAGCGGUCGACCACAUCAAAGUCUCCUUGGGAGAAUUCUUGGACUUUGCUCAAACCAUCGAAGGAAACGCUGCUUGGGCCUCCGACAGUAAGCUUCAGGUGAGAAUUAAAAAACAGCUGAGUAUCCUCGCAGCUUCGUUUCAGAUCCUGGUGGAAAUGAGAGAAGCACUGAACAAAUGCAAAUGGUCACUCGAGGUCCUGGUCAUUAAGAAACCACAGAGCAGCCCGGAUGACCUGGAUCGGUUUGUGAUGGUGGCCCGCACCAUCCCGGAUGACAUCAAGAGAUUUGUAUCCAUCGUCAUUGCCAACGGGAAGCUCCUUUUCAGAAAGAACAGCCAAGAGAAGGACAGCCAAGAGCUGAGACGCAGAACGGCAAAGGGCAGUCUCGAGCGGCGGACGGAAGAUAAUUCGCUUCUAAGAAACGUUUUGAAUAAAUCCAAAGAAAACAGCCCAAACAUGGAGAGGGCGAGGGCUGAAGUCACUGAAGAUUGUGAAUAUGUUCAGAUACAGGGUUCCCCACCUAAAACAAACCCAGAUGUUCCGAGCGAGCAGGAUCCUGCCAAGAAAAUGGAGCUCUCCGAUCUCUGCAGACUGUACUUCGGUGCUGUUCACAAAGCUAUUGGCGUUCUACAUGACAGCCUGAGCAGAAACCAAGCCCCGGAAGUCUUCAUUGCGCAGAGCAAACUGAUCAUUAUGGUGGGCCAAAAGUUGGUAGACACCCUGUGCCAGGAAGCCCUGGAGAAGGCCACGCGGAACGAGGUCCUGUGCUGCAGCAGCAAGUUCUGUGGCCUGCUGAAGAGCAUGGCGGUCGCCACCAAAAAUGCCGCCAUGCAAUAUCCAAGCCCGGAGGCCAUAAGGGAACUUCAGGAUCAAGCUGAUGGGCUGUCUCAAUACACACAGCAGUUCCAAGCUAUGAUGGAAUGAAGUUUCCCUUCUGCAGGUGUCUUGAGGAUACCCACUGUUGUGACUACAGUGACUGAGAUUAGCUUCUAGAGGUGACUGAGAGACUCCUUGUUCGUUAAAGAGUACGUGUGUCAGUUUUUUUUACCUGCCCA